AAGUCUGCAGGCUCCGUGGGUAAAACGCUCUCUUUGCGGAGUAGACGCUGAAAACGACAGCAGCUCAUUGAAUCUAUGCUCUGAUUUUGCAGUUUUCUUGUUGGUUCUGCUGUUGUUUUGUUUUUUGUUUUCUUUUUUGGGGGGCAGGGGGUCAACCAGUCAAUGCAAGCUUGUGCUCCCUGUUCAACGUUGGUCAGUCAUCAAGACGGGUAAGGCAAUAGCAGGUGACCCAUGGAGGAGCGAGCAGACAGUCUGAUACCGGUGAAGGUGGAGGAGAACGCUUCCGGCUUCACCCUGCUGUACUUCCAUGGAGACAUUAACAGCAUGGUGGACGAACACUUCUCAAGAGCUCUCAGCAAAGCCAGCAAGGCCAGCGAGUUGGUUCCAAGGUCAAAGAAAAUACGCAAAACUGUAAAACAAGAGAGCACAAACAACUGUCAUGGGAACAUGUCCGGCCCUUACUCCGAGUCCCAGGUGCCCCCGUUAACGGGACACAUCCUGGCCCUGAACCCGGCGGAGGAGAUGCCAGGAUCCUGGAACACGUUCAGGUCAAGAGAAGGUCCGGCGCUGCCCAACCUCAUGUGCACCCUGUCCUCAGACGCGCUGAGUCUCACCGGACAGCAGUACUCCACGUCCCUGCUCAACCUGCUGCACGGCGACCGGGGCGAGAUGGGAGCUGGCAUCGCCUCCAGCUCCAAGCCGGACCCACUUCCAGGCUGGGCGGUGCCUGCGGGCUACAGAGAGUCUGUGGACCCUCCGAUAGGCUUCGAACCUGGGCGACAUGGGGAUAAAAAGGACUUGUACUGGUACUGAGGAGAAACGCGGAGUGCAGAGGAACAGAGGACAGCUUUAGCCAGCGCAGCGUCGUUCUGUUCGUUUCAGCAGAGCAGCAUUUUGAUUUCCUGACGAUGUUCUCUCUCUAUUGUUUGCUGAGAUGACCUCAGCACCUGAGCGCGCACUGGGACAGCCUCUACUGCAGGAAGCUCUCGGUGACAAACCAGUUCCUCAACUUUUGACAUUCCUUUUUUAAGAAUCAGAGCUGUGCGUCUGUUUUCACACGUUUUGAGGUGAAGCUUGGAUGAAGUGCACUUUCUUUGUGGCUUUUACAACAGGCCAGUGUGGAGUCUGAAAACUGUGAGCCUCUUAGAUGUGUAGAAACUAAUGUAGCUACAACCUGAUCUACCUUUAGUUCACCUGGUUGGGUUUGUUGGAAGAUACUCAAACAGGGAGGGGAAGCUUUGCUUGGUCAGUAACAAUCUAGGAAAAAUAAUACCUUGUACUUUUAGGUUUUGUAAAAAGAAUAGUUGAAAAUAAUCAGAGGCAGCCACCACUGCUUACCAAUAAAUAAUAGAAGAUUGAUGCCUUUUAGUUAAGCAGUGUGUUUCUGACCCCUGUUGGUGGAUUUGAACCCACAGUCUUUAUGAAGAAAUGUACAUGAUGCCUCAUAAUCAGUGUCUAGAUGCUCUGAAGUGUUGGAUACCAGGUUAGAAAAUGUUUCUUUGCAGGGAUAUUUUUUUAAAUGUACUUUUUUAUUUCUCUUUAUUUGGAUGAAAAGAUAACUGAACUUUGUCUGUUUCUAAAAAGUUCUGGUGUUUAGCUAACUAUAGCUAUAGAUGUGUGUAAAUAAAUUAUUUCUGUGUUGACUACUUGAGGAAAUCUACAGUUAAACCAGAUAUUUUCAUGCACUGUAAAAAUUCAUAACGCCUUUUUUUUCUGUCUGACAGCAAAUCAGAAGGAACUUUUCAGAAUAUCCUCUAGGUGUAUAAAAUGAUCUGUUUCCUAAAUGUACAGAACUGAGAAAGUUAACUUCAGAUUGUUCUACUUUCUUCAGUCAGAAGUUAACAUACACACCUUAAGCUAAUUUGUCACUAAUUGGGUCAGAGGCUUUGAGUAAUUGUCCAAUUGAAAGACUCGUUUUUGCUUUAAUUUCCUGGUUGACAAAGAAUAUUGCUUCCUCAUGAUGUCAUCUACUUUAUAUAUUGAAAUGAACUAGUUUUCAGAUUUAAACUGUUUUAGCUUCAGAGGACAGAUAUCCAAAAAUUAAAGUUUGACUUCCUCUGUAAUCUGUAGUCUGGAGAUUAUAUGUUGCUUUAGGAUUAAUGACUUCUUCUAACUCUCUGAUUGGCUUGUCUUGGCAGACACUGAUUUUCCCUUUCAGUCUGUAUCUUCAUGCCGUUUGACUAUGUGCAAAUUUUACAGCAAAACACACAAACCUCUGAUACGUUUAUGUAAUUACUUGAUCAUUGUCAACUGGGGUUUUCCUAAAUUAUUGAGACAAUCAUUAAAAUCUAAUUGCACAUAAAUAUCUGAAUUGAAGAAAAUAAUUAACCUAAACGACCUAAAAGAGGACGAGUUAGGACAGAUUUAAUGUCAGAUGGUGAAGAAAAUGUGUUUUUAUACAUCGUGUGUAAAUAUCUGGUUUUAUUAUAUGAAGAAACUAGUUAACUUGUUACCUUUUUGUUCAGUUUUUCCUGUAUAUUGAUCAUCAGUUUAUGAUCAGCUGUAGUAAAUAAGAUAGUUAAUCUAUUAACACACUCAGACAUAUUGUUGGUAAAACUCGUAUUCUUCCAUUUAACUGUUUGUGAGAGUCUGUAGGCUGAGCUCUGUCAGCUUCACCACUAUUAAAUAUGUAGGACAUUAAGGUUUUUUUUUUUACUAAAAAUUUGUUGCAAAAUGUAUAAUUUCUAAAAGGAUUAUCAGUUGGGUAUUUUACAUGCAAAUGCCAUGUUUUUGUUGUUUCUAAUAUGCAAAGACUGUCAUGAAUUAAAAACCUAUGAAAAAAAAGUGUAA